CUCGAACCACAGCCGCAGUCAGUCGCAGCCGGAGGUGCCCAUCGGCAGACGCAGCACGUGGCUGCGCACCAGCCUGCGCCGAAGCUCAAGGGACAACGCCAGCGAGCUGCCGGCCCAGUUUCGCCGCUACGGAUCCAUGAGACAGUCCAGCAAGCGGCCCGGGGCGCCCACUGGCCUGAGCAGCCCCGUGUUCCGAACACCUAGCUUUAAUUCAUCUGGUCGUAGCUCCAACUGUGAUGGAGAAGACAUGUAUUCCGACAUCUCAAUAGAAGAUGAUGUCAAUGAUCUCAAUCAUAAGGUGCAGGUGCUGGAACGGCAGGUCACCGUACUGGCCGAGAACCAGAACAACACGGACGACCGCUAUACCAGGAGCAAGGAGGAGAACGCCACAUUGCAGGCGCGGCUCAUCAUGAUGGAGGAACAGCUGCGAGACGCGGAGAUGCGGGCUGAGGAGCAGCUGGACUCAGAGAAGAGGCGCCACAGGGAGCUGAUGCAGCGGCUCGAACGGGAGAAGCUGCUAGAAGUGGAAAACCACCAGAUCAGGUCUCUGAGUCUGGAGAAAGAGCUGCGGUUCGCCGAGGCGGAGGCGGACCGCUGUCGGCAGCAGCUGCGCGGCUCGGCCGACGAGCGUGCCGCGCUGGACGAGCGGCUGGUCGAGCUGCAGGCGGCGCUGGACGAGGCGCGCGAGCAGACGCGACGGGCCGUCGACUUGGAGCGGCGGGCUUGCUCGGAGCUGGAGAGCCAGCGCAGCGCACAGGCCCAGAUGAUGGCCGAGCUCUCGCGCGAGCUGGAGGAGACGCAGCGGACGGCGAGUCUGCGCCUCAAGACGGAGUCGGACGAGUCCGGUCUGAUCCGGCUGCAGCACUCGGAACUGGAGGCCGAGCUGCGCCAGCUCCGGCAGGAGAACAAAGAGCUGCAGGAGUCGAACGAGGAGCUGCAGGCUCAGCUACUCACCACGGGUCUGCACGAGGGCAUGCAGCUGCUGAACUCGGGCACCAAGAGUCUGGCUGCCGAGCUGGGAGACAUGUCGGGAGACCAGGUUGACAGUGCGGAGAACUCACAAAAGUUGAAGAAGUCGUUGCUGGAGCAGCAGGAGGUGAACCAGCAGCUGCGCGCUUACAUUGACGGAAUCCUGCUCAACAUUGUGGAGAACUACCCCCAGCUGUUGGAAGUGAAACGAAAACACUGACGCUGGCUCGCAGCUAGCCGGCCUUUGACGCUGUGGGGCGUUGCCGCUGCCGACGGGUUCGUGCCGCGUGUUGCUGCUCUCCUUCGUGCGUAACCCCGCUUCUCACGCCGUGCGUGUGGCCCGCCCGGGCAGCGCGCCGCUGCCCGCUGCCCCCGGCGGUGAUCCACAGUCACCUCAGCGCCCGGCGGCGCCGCCGCAGCCUUGGAGCGUCCCUAGCGGCGUGGGCAAGUGACACCCCGGGCAGCAGUGACUCCAGGGGCGGAAGCAGCGGUGGUCACUGGGGCAGUAGCAAGUGGCGGCUCCGGGGGCAGCAGCGGUUCCCAGGGCAGCAGCGGCUCCCGGGGCAGCGGCGGUUCCCGAAGCAGCGGCGGUUCCUGGGGCAGCGGAGGUUCCAGGUGCAGCAGCAAGUGGUGGCUCCAGGGGCAUCAGCGGCUCCCGGGGCAGCAGCGGCUCCCGGGGCAGCGGCGGCCCCCGGGCCAGCGGCGGCUCCCGGGGCAGCAACGGCUCCCGGGGCAGCGGCAGUUCCCGGGGCAGCAGUGGCCCCCGAAGCGGCAGCGGCUCCCGGGGCAGCAGUGGCUCCCGGAGCAGCGGCGGCUCCCGGGACAGCAAUGGCUCCCGGACGUCCCCGGCGUGGUGCCGGGCUGAUCGCUGCCCCAGCGCCGUGCCGCCCGUCAUGCGCUGUGAUGAUGCCCUGUUGUACGCAACAGCGCAUUGCCGCGAUGACGAGAACAGCUUUGUGCGUCGCCUGUUCCACCUAGCGUCUGCCGAGCCGACUACUGUGCUUAGCACAGCAUGUGCUGCCAUCUAGCAGGUGAUGCGGUUAGUUACGACGGUCUGCGUUGACCGCGAGCGCUGUCAUGUUUUUGUCUGUAAAUCGUUAAGAACGACUCCGGAUGACUGGUGGUGCCAUCUGGCGUGUGAUGAGGUGAAUUAUUGUGCGUUUCGUAAACGGUGAGACGUUUUUGUGCAGGUAGAACAAUGUGAAAGCCGAGUGUAGGGAAUGCCAGUUCACUCGGGCUGGGUUUUUAGGAGUAGUGAUACAAAUAUCGCUCUUUUAACUCACGACCUGUAAACGAUUGUUCAGGAGCAUACAGAUCAUGACAGUUUCACAUGUGCAUGACGUCAUAACAACCCCCCGCUUGAAGUGUGUGGGUUCACGGGCCGUGCCCAGAAAAGCGAGCAUUCCUGCGCAUGUGCGUUCAUACGGUCCGUGUUCGAGGUGCGCGCGCUCACGCCCAUGGAGCUAAGCCCCGUCCUUCGCGAGUUUAUCUCGCCAAGAUAACAAAAUGGAGGCUGUUACUCGCAUGUUAACGGAGUGAGCGUGUAUGCAGCGUCCGCUGCGUCGGACACCGCGUGCGUGGUGCGUAGCUUGAAACUGAGAAAUUGGCGUAUGAGUAGGAUUAUGUGUCUGAGAUAUACGCCAGCCUUUCACUGUUUUGGUGUGAAUGGUCGUAAAUAACUAUUUAGCUGAAAUCAGCGGAUUCCUCCGUCCCCAAAGUUUCAGCAGAAACUUGCUAUAGUGUCUGUGCAAUGUGCAUGUCAUGUAAACCAUACCAGGCAUCCGCAUUGUUGAAUACAACAAGAAUAUUGUG